AUGACUACUCAAUUUCUACUAGUUAUGAUAUGUUUUAUCACCACUCAUUUAUGCACAUCAAUAUCUACAACAUCAGAUGACGCUUCCUCUACUACCGAAGAGGCGCUUCAUAGUAUGUACGAAUUCAACGCAAACGGCGUGGUACAGCCGGCUGUUUACAGAGGACGUUUACAAGGUGCAAGUGUAAAAGGAAGAUUACUGUGUGGGGCCACACCUAUGGUUGGAGUUAAGGUUAAGAUUGUGGAUAUUGAUCAAAGUAAGUUGGGUUUUCGAUGGUUUGUGGUUGGUUUUUAGGAUACCGGUGUUAAAGAAUGUCAGUUGUUUAACCCGACCUCACCUUAUCAUACAGUACCCUACUCUACCAAAGGCAAAAAUUUUGUAGGCUUGGGUACUGUAUGAUAAGGUGAGGUGGGAUAGGUUAGAGUAGGGUAGAAUGGAGAGGAUAGUGUAGGGUAAAGUAGGAUACGGUGAGAUAGGAUAGGUUACGGCAAAGGUAAAUCAGGGUAGUGAAGCCUACCGUAAGAUACGUUAAGAGGUAAGGCUAGGAUUACGGUAGAGUAAGAAAAGAUUUAGUAUGGGGCUUAGUAAGGUCAAUGUAUGAAAAGACUACAGUCAGGGUUACGGUAGCCUAGGGCUGCGCAUACCAAUUGCUGUAAGUUAGGGUAGGGCAGUAUAAGGUAGGGUAGGGUAGGGUAGGGUAGGGUAAGGUAGGGUAGGGUAGGGUAGGGUAGGGUAGGGUAGGGUAGGGUAGGGUAGGGUAGGGUAGGGUAGGGUAUGGUAGGGUAGGGUAGGGUAGGGUAGGGUAGGGUAGGGUAGGGUAGGGUAGGGUAGGGUAGGGUAGGGUAGGGUAGGGUAGGGUAGGGUAGGGUAGGGUAGGGUAGGGUAGGGUAGGGUAGGGUAGGGUAGGGUAGGGUAGGGUAGGGUAGGGUAGGCUAGGGUAGGGUAGGGUAGGGUAGGGUAGGGUAGGGUAGGAUACCGUAGGGUAGGGUGGUCAAAUUUUUAAAACUUUCAAAAAAUUUUUAACUUUUCAGAACCAGACCCAGACGACCUUCUAGGCGACGUCCUAACUGAUGACGAAGGUUAUUUCCAUGUUAGUGGAGUCACAAGAGAAGACACGGAUAUUGAGGUUAUGAUCAAGGUUUACCACGAUUGUGACGAUCCAAUGCCAUGUCAACGGAAAGUUGUGUGGAAAAUACCAUCAAGAUACCACAACAAUGGCACAUUCGUGGAAUGGUUUGAUGUUGGCACGAUUAAUAUGGAAAUGAAGUUUGUGGGGGAGGAGAGGGAUUGUCGACAUUAA